CAAUUUACGUCUUCCGCUCACGGUUAGGGUAUAAUGAGGCUUCUUUCUUUCCUGGUAUUUAUUAUAUUUUGUGCAACGGUAUUGGCAUGGGACAAAGAAGAUCAUGAAAUUUUCGACCUUGUUAGUGCUAUAGAGGGCUCUGAGGGGAGGGGAACGACCUUUUACUCUUGGCUAGACGUUCCAUCCACUGCUUCGACUUCAGAAAUCGCCAAAGCUUACAGGAAAUUAAGCAUACAACUGCACCCAGAUAAGAAUCCUGGUAACAAGAAAAUUGCCGAACGUUUCGCCAGGUUGGGCGUCGUUUCAGCAAUCUUGAGGAAUCCGGCCAGCAGAAAGAGAUAUGACUUUUUCUACAAAAAUGGUGUACCGAAAUGGAGAGGAACUGGCUAUUAUUACAGUCGCUUCAGACCAGGACUCGGGACGGUGUUGACCUUCUUAAUUAUCUUGUCUUCCGGAAUGCAAUAUUUCAUUCACCUUUCCAACUACAAGCGCGAUUUGAGAAGAAUCGAAGAUGUGGUCAGGGAAGCACGAUUGGCUGCCUGGGGUCCUAAGAUGGUGCCCGUCGAGGGACAGCGAAAGGUUAAGGUAAACAUGAGAGGUCGGCAGCGUUACGAUGAGGAUGGAAACUUGAUUGGAGGCAAGACCAUAGACAUGGUAGUAUCUGGUGACGCCGUUUAUGUUCUUGAUCCAGAUGGAGACAUGCAUCCUGUCGAUUCUGAUACCGCAACACCUCCGACCGUUCGCGGAACUUGGUUCCUCGCUCUUGUUCAUUCCGCUUACUCUUUUUCGUUGAACAAGAUAAAAGGUAACCAUAUCGAAGCGCAAACUGUGGAAGGCUUGGAAAUAGAUGAUGGAUACGACUCGACCGCGACUGGUUCUGAUCAAGCAGGCAGUGGCACUGUCACACCUCAAGAAGCUGUCGUUGGUGGAAAUAGAAAACCUGCUACAAAAGCCGGGGGAAAGCGCAGAAAAGCCGUCAGGAAACGGUAAAUUUACACUACAUACAUCCAUAUAGCACGCAUAAUUCCAUUCGUGUAUCGUUGUUGCGUGUGUUUUAAUUGUCUUGGACGAAUAACGACACGCCCUGAUAUACUCGAGCUUCAUGGCAAGCCCGGAGACGUCAUUGUCGAAUAUAAAAGCACUUGCAGGCACUUAACGUACUUUGUCAAAAGAAAAUUUGC